AUGCCAGAGAGCAAGAUCCCUCAGCCGGGUCCUGCCAAACUCAAGCGCAAUGCGGGCCCUGAUGAGUGGCUGGAGGCUGCGAAGGAUUGUAAGUAUCUGUCGGAGCCACAUAUGAAGCAACUCUGUGAGAUCGUGAAAGAAUACAUGAUGGAGGAAUCAAACAUCCAACCAGUAUCAACACCCGUUACAGUCUGCGGUGACAUCCACGGUCAAUUCUACGACCUCCUGGAGCUUUUUCGAGUUUCCGGCGGGAUGCCUGAUGGCACGGUCUCAGACUCGCCGAAAACAUCCCCCUCCGUAAUCACCUCUGCCGAUAUCGAACCCCCCUCAAGCAUCUCAGACCCGAAAAUCCGCAAGAAGCUUCGCGGUCCCAGCGUGAAUCCCAAUGACGAAGAGGAAGAUACCAGUGCGCGAAGCCGGUCUACCAGCGAUACAUCCACAGAUCUGCAACUCAAUCGCAACUUUGUAUUCCUGGGUGAUUACGUGGACCGUGGAUACUUCAGUCUGGAAACAUUAACGCUCUUACUCUGUCUCAAAGCAAAGUACCCUGACCGAGUUACAUUGGUCCGUGGCAAUCACGAGUCUCGCCAAAUCACUCAGGUAUACGGUUUCUACGAGGAAUGUUUCCAGAAAUACGGCAGUGCUUCGGUUUGGAAGGCAUGUUGCCAGGUCUUUGAUUUUAUGACACUGGGAGCUAUUAUCGACGGCAAAGUGCUAUGUGUUCACGGAGGCCUGAGCCCCGAGAUUCGCACAUUGGAUCAAGUCCGUGUGGUGGCCCGCGCACAGGAGAUUCCCCACGAGGGUGCUUUCUGUGAUCUUGUGUGGUCUGAUCCAGAUGAUGUAGAGACAUGGGCUGUCAGUCCUCGAGGAGCAGGAUGGUUAUUCGGAGAUCGAGUGGCCGAUGAGUUUUGCCAUGUGAAUGAUCUCUCGCUGAUCGCACGCGCUCACCAGCUGGUCAAUGAGGGCUACAAAUACCACUUCAACAACCAAAAUGUUGUCACAGUAUGGAGCGCGCCCAAUUAUUGCUAUCGAUGUGGAAAUCUUGCCUCUGUAUGUGAGGUUGGAGAGGAUCUUAAACCUACGUUCAAGCUGUUCAGUGCUGUCGGCGAUGACCAGCGACAUGUCCCAGUCUCGCGGCCAGGGCGCAGCGAGUACUUCUUGUAA